AUGGGGCCCCCGGGCAAUAAGGGAUCAUGGGGCCCCUGUGUCCUUGCCCAAACUCAAAAAAGCCUAUGAAAAAGGUACCAGGGGCAUCUCAUGGGGCCCCCUACUGACCCCAGGCCCUCGGGCAGUGCCCGAGUGCCCAAAUGGUCAGUCCACCCCUGCACAUACCUACACUUUAUAUCUACUAAAGGCUUUGUGGGUGAUAUCACCUUGCAUCGGAGACAUUUGACUAUAAGGCACGUAAAAUUUUCUUUUGUUCAGCCAAACUCUGGGCACAAAAAAUAAACUAUCCU